AGUCUCCUCUGCUUGUGUGGUGUUCGUUCUUCACAGCUUACAAAUAACAUCCCUCCCUCUCCUUAUCGCUCUCACGGGCUCCAUCUGCAAGUUAGAGAGGGAAACAGGCAAAAUCGCGGCUGCUUUGAAGCCGUAGCAGAGAAUCAUGGAGGUCGGGAUCUCCGCCGCUUCAAUGAAGCUGAGAUCUUGGAGCCUUGCUAGAAUCCCCUUCGGAUUGUCCUUGGCUCAGCGCCCCAGCGACGUCCUACUAUUCUCACCCCUUUCCACUCGCCGUAGCACUACGCUCUUCAUUCAUCCGUCCCGAACCCUGAGGAAUCACCCGGCGACGAUCUGUUUUGUCAUGAAUGAAGCCGAUUCCAAUCCCUCUGACAAAACUGCAAUCCCUUCACUGCCGCCGGAGUCCACAGCCCAUGAGCUGAAGGAAGAAGCGAUGCGAAUCUCCGCCUCCCGUGCGGAGAGUCGAAUGGCUCGAAAACGGGCGGAGCGGCGGACAUAUUUGAUCGCCGCGGUUAUGUCGAGCUUCGGCAUCACUUCCAUGGCCAUCGCUGCUGUCUACUACAGAUUCGCCUGGCAAAUGGAGGGCGGCGAGGUUCCCUUUACCGAAAUGCUAGGGACCUUCUCUCUCUCCGUGGGUGCUGCGGUGGGAAUGGAGUUUUGGGCGAGAUGGGCUCACCGGGCGCUGUGGCACGCGUCGCUGUGGCAUAUGCAUGAAUCGCAUCACCGGCCGAGGGACGGGCCCUUCGAGCUCAACGACGUCUUCGCCAUCAUCAACGCCGUUCCAGCAAUCUUCCUUCUCUCCUAUGGCUUCUUCCACCGUGGUCUCGUUCCUGGCCUCUGCUUUGGCGCUGGUUUGGGGAUUACGUUGUUCGGGAUUGCAUACAUGUUCGUUCACGACGGGCUUGUACACCGGAGAUUCCCGGUGGGCCCAAUCGCCGACGUGCCUUAUUUCCGGCGAGUAGCCGCUGCUCAUCAGAUCCACCAUUCGGACAAAUUUGAGGGCGUUCCCUAUGGGCUUUUUAUGGGACCAAAGGAAUUGGAGGAGGUAGGUGGUUCUGAAGAGUUGGAGAGAGAGAUAAAGAGGAGGAUUAAGAUGCAAAACAAAUAACUCCAGCUUUAUUAAUUAGCUGACGACAAAUUGAAGUUUUUUUUUUAAAUUUUAUAUUUAUGUAUUAUCAUUCUUUUUUUGGGGAAAAAUUAACAGGGGUGGUUAGUUUGGUUUGGUAUGUGGAAGCUUUGUAGCCGAGUCUUUUGUGUAAUAUUGAUGAUAGGAUAUUUAAAUGGAUGCGUGUUUAAUUUUUCUUUCGUGAUUUUAA